CUCACACUCCAUAGUUCAGCCACGGUCCAGAGAGCCAGAGAGCUCUGGGCCACAUACGCUCUCUGGUCAAAUCCUCGAGCUUUCCCGUCUGUGCUAUGAACUAUUAGCCGCCAUCAAUGAAGAGCCACAAUACGACACGGCACUGGGGAUCCUCCACGGCUCGCUCACGCUUCUUCCAAAGGUCACUGACCUCUGAGAAAGACCUGAUCCAGUUUGACUUGUGUUUGUCAGAGACUCUCUGUCAGAUGAGCACCUUUGAGAAGUGAGGAGAUGGCCACCGCGUACAGACUCUGUGUGGGAAUAGUAACAGCGCUGGCCGUAUGCAAAUACAGCCUGGCAGAGUGGAAUGCCACCGAGGAGCCUGCUGUGCAGAACUGUCAUCGCCAUGGUGACGGAGACAAUUGCACAGUUUCUCCAACAGACGCGACAGAUACAACGGACACGGAUCAGUGGAGCGGCCACUUCUCAAGUUGCCCUGAGGAACUGCUCCACUACUGCAUCCACGGGGAGUGUCGCUACGUAGAAGAACAAAAGACGCAAUCGUGCAGGUGUCACCACGGUUACGUCGGCAGCAGGUGUGAAUAUGUGGACCUGGGCCCGCGGAUAGCAGAUCCACGACAAAUCAUAAUCGUCUGCAUCAUUGCAGGGCUUGUAAUGAUCAUUCUCCUCAUUGUUUUCGUCUGCAUCUGUUCACAUCGUAGGUGCAGAUUGUGUCGGAGGAGGGGAAGGCGGAGGGAAGAGCCCAGGAACGGGACGGAGAAGCUGAGGAUGAUGGACACCGGCGCAGCGCACGCCGCCUCGACACCAGACGCAGCAGAGGCCCCGCAUACCAACUCUGUGUGAGAGCCAUGCGCGAGCACUGUCCAGAACACUUGGAAUUGUUUAUACCGGAGGGACAGCUGCUGGAUUUUGUAUCACAGCGACAGAAGUGAGCUGUAGGAGGAGGAGGAGGAGGAGGUCCCUGUGCAGCACUCCCUCAAAGGACGGACGCCUCUGGAUAAAAGUGUGUGCCUACUUUCAAAGGGACGUGUGUCUCACGCGAACCUUCAACGAAGCCCCAGAACAAACUAGGCCUUCCGAGGAUUUAUGAUAAACACAACUCGGAGGAGAGCAGCUCAUGUGCCGGCACACAUGACUCUUGUUGCUAUGUUUGGGGGGGAAAAAAAAAAAAAAAAGCUGUGAGAGCAGUUGGCAGCCGGUGAUAACAGCUGAUCGGGUUGACCAGUUCUUGGUGUGCGUGGGAGAACCGUGGACUCUGAAAGACGAGAGGAAAGGGACUCCACGGUCGUGUAAAUAAACCGCAGAGAUUCGCUAUCGUCGAAGCACAAGCAGCCACCGUUUCUCUGUGUCCUCCUCCUUCAUUCACUGCUGCUUUGGUGUCAUUUCAAACGUGCACAGUAUUUCACUAUAUAUGCACCAUAAUUAUCAGCUCACAGAGACGUGGCCACGCGAAAACCCGCACACAGAAUGUUGUUACUAACCUAUGCUAGCAAUGCAAGUGGAACCUCAUGUCAAAGGUAGCAGGUCUGGACUCCGGGUUUAGAAGGAGGACAAGGAGAACUUGUGCUCCGGGGGCUUUUUUGAUCUGUGUAUUUGGAGCCGAGCGGCCUCCGAGCUUCGGGGGCAGAACAGCUGAGCCUGUGUGUCGAGGCUCAGGCCGAGGUGAAAGUGCUCCACUGUACGACGCAGUUUCCAAGUUUUUUUUUUUUUUUUUUAAGUUUUUUUAAAUGCCUGUCUGUAUGUGUGUUAACUAUAAAUGUAGUACGAGGGGGGAGUUCAGGACAGAGCCAGUGAAGUGUUUUUGUGUCACCCAUCAAUAAAUACUGUGUGUCUGUGUG